AUGCCAGAUGGGAGUAAGACUCUCUGCUCGCCGUCGGAGCCAGCGAGGCACAAUGCUCGGUUCCAUGAGAUCAGCAAGUGGGCUCUUCACCCGUUUACCAAUUCGCACAGAAUGAAUCGGCCCAUGCGGCCAGGGGCACCUGAAGUUAAUUUAACUGUCCCCCAGGGCGCUCGUCCCUCUGAAACGUCACAUUCGGCCGCAAUUUUCCCCAGUAAACUAGGUAAGCGGGUAGGCGAAGCCUGUAAUCACUGA